AUGUCUUCUUCUUAUUCUUUUUUGUUGGCUGGAAGAGAUUUGGAUGUGUUCUUGAGUUUCAGCGGUAAGGUGUCUCUUGACAUGGAUUUCGGUUAUGAUUUGUCUCGAAACGGCAUCAAAUCUUUUAAAUCGGAAAGCUGGAAGGAGAAGAGUUUCAAGCCAAUUCAUCGACGGACACUCGAAGCUUUGACAGAGUCCAAAGUUGCAGUCGUCAUGACCUCUGAUGAAGAAGCUUCUUCAGUUGGGUUCCUUGAAGAGCUCAUAGUGAUACUCGAGUUUCAGGAGAAACGUUCACUCACUGUCAUACCAAUCUUCCUCACAAAACACCCUUUGGAUAUGACUGAAAUCUCUCAGCUAUUUCCAGAGAGAGCCCAAAUUUGGAGGACAGCAGUUGCCAAAUUGGACAACAUAGCUGCACAUUAUUCACUUUCCAGGAAUCUUGCUGUGAUGCACGGAACAUAUCGGAUCAAGCAAAUUGCUGACGACAUCAGGCUUAUGUUUCUCUCUUCUGCAUCAAGCGAUUUCAAAGGUCUUGCAGGAAUGGGUCGUCACUUGAAGGCGUUUCACGAGUUGCUGGCUUUAGAAUCUGACAAAGAAGUUCGUACCAUUGGCAUCUGGGGUAUUGCAGGUGUGGGGAAGACAACACUUGCAAGGUACACAUAUGCAGAGAUCUCUGUAAAAUUUCAGACACAUGUGUUCCUAGAACACGUCGAAAACGUGAAAGAAAAGCUUCUUCCACCGUCAGAAAACUUUGAAGAGGAAGACAAUCUAACAAAGUUAGAUCAUCAUGAGAGGAAUGAAAUUAGUGAAGCAAGGAAUAAACACAGGAAAGUUCUCCUUAUAGCUGAUGGUGUGGAUAGCAUUGACCAAGGGAAGUGGAUCGUUGAGUAUGCCAAGUGGUUUGCUCCAGGAAGCAGAGUCAUUCUAAUUACUCAGGACAGGAGUGUUCUUGAGGACUCUGGAGUGAACCAUGUGUAUGAAGUUGGGUCUCUAAGAUAUGACGAAGCUCUUCAACUUUUCUCACGCUUUGCUUUCAAGCAGCUGUAUCCUCCUCCUGAUUUCGAACGCCUCUCGGUACGUGCUGUCCAGCUCGCAGGGUUUCUCCCUGUGGCCAUUAGACUGUUUGGAUCGUUUUUAACUGGUAGAGGUAAAGAGGAAUGGGAAGCUACACUGCUUAAACUCAAUGCAAAGCAAGGUAAAGAGAUAAUGGAAGUGUGGAAGCUUAUGGAAGAAGCAGAAGAUAAAGGUAUUGUGGAAGCAUCGGAAAGAUAA